AUGGCCGCGGUCGCCGGCACGCGGCGCGUCCUGGGCUGGCUGGCGCUGAGCGGGUGCCUGUUCUCCGCGGCACAGGUUGAUUCUGAGGACAUAAUGACUAUGGAGGAGCAGAUUUAUCUUCUCUUGGAAGCCAAAAUUCAAUGUGAACAGAAUAUUAGUGCUGAGCUGCAAGAGGGAGAAGGAGACUGCUUUCCAGAAUGGGAUGGUCUCAUCUGUUGGCCAAGAGGAUCUGUGGGAAAAAUGUUAGCUGUUCCAUGCCCUCGUUAUGUAUAUGAUUUCAAUCACAAAGGAGUAGCUUUCAGAUACUGCAGCCUCAAUGGAACAUGGGACUUUGUGCAGAGCUUAAACAGAACAUGGGCCAAUUAUUCUGAAUGCUUCCACUUCUUACAGCCAGAAGUUAUCUCAAGAAAGAGGGAGUUCUUUGAUCGCCUCUAUGUAAUGUAUACUGUAGGAUACUCCAUCUCCUUUACUUCUCUGACUGUGGCCAUUUUCAUCAUUGGCUACUUCAGGCGACUGCAUUGCACCAGAAAUUACAUCCACAUGCACCUGUUCGUCUCCUUCAUGUUAAGAGCUGUCAGCAUCUUUAUCAAGGACAAAGUGGUGCAGACUCAUCUAGGGAUCAAAGAGCUGGAGGCUCUACCAGCAAAUGAUCUUGAAAGCAUCUCAAUAGCUCCUCCGGGCAGGUCACAAUAUGUUGGGUGCAAGAUUGCUGUAGUGACCUUCAUUUACUUCUUGGCCACCAACUACUACUGGAUCUUGGUGGAAGGCCUCUAUUUACACAGCCUAAUCUUUGUUGCUUUCUUUUCGGAUAGCAAGUACCUCUGGGGCUUUAUCUUGAUAGGCUGGGGAUUUCCAGCUGUCUUUGUUGUGGCCUGGGCAGUGGCUCGUGCUGCAAUAGUGGAUGCAAGGUGCUGGGAGCUGAGUGCUGGAGAGAUCAAAUGGAUUUAUCAAGCACCAAUUUUAGCAGCUAUUGGGCUGAACUUCAUUCUGUUCCUGAAUACUGUCCGAGUUCUGGCAACUAAAAUUUGGGAGACGCAUGCUGUUGGGCAUGACACAAGAAAGCAGUACAGGAAGCUAGCAAAAUCCACCUUGGUUCUUGUCCUGGUCUUCGGUGUGCACUACAUUGUCUUUGUGUGCCUGCCGCAUACGUUCACUGGGCUUGCCUGGGAGAUCCGCAUGCACUGUGAGCUGUUCUUCAAUUCUUUCCAGGGUUUCUUUGUUUCUAUCAUCUACUGUUACUGCAAUGGGGAGGUUCAGACCGAGAUCAAGAAGACUUGGACGAGGUGGAAUCUGACUGUUGACUGGAAGAAGACAACACCAUGUGCCAAUUACAGAUGUGGCUCUGUUCACACCCACCUGACCCAUAGCACCAGCAGCCAGUCGCAUGUGGUGGCCAGCUCCCGUUUGCUUCUUUCCACCAAAGGCUCCAGAAAUCUGAGCAGGCCAAGUGAGCCACAUGUGAAUUUGCCUGGAUUCUACAAAUUCCAUGGGCACUUCUAUGUGUUUAGCUUUAUCGUGAUUUGAGAGGAAACACUCUGACAUGGCAAAAAUCUUGAAACUCUGAAAACUGGCAUCCUGCUUACCUUGAGAAUUGAGCUCUGAAAUUAUCAGCAUUUGUUAAUUCUCUGAAAGCGAGAUAAGACUCCAAAAGUGAGGUAAGGCUUUAGAGGUAUUCAUUAGUAAGUCUUUACAAUAUUGUGAAGAGAUCAGUGCCUUUCAGUAGAGUUGAGCA